AACGCGCCUAUAAUGAUAAUUUCAAUUUCCUGUUUAAGAUGGAACUCCAGACUGAUACAAAAUAACAGAUGAACGUCCGUGUAAAAUAUUGAUGUUUUUUAAAAGAUGGAGUACCAAUUCAAUGCAGAAAGCACGUUUCCAUCAGAUAAGGAAAUAACUGAACUGACCAGACAACAACUGACCAAAGAGCUCAUGUGUACACUCUCGACAGAUGAGACCUCUACAUCAGAAAAAGAAACAGAAGGACAGGAGACUGUCAAGUCAAACAACAAAGAACUUGUUUGUGAUGUCUGUGGUAAGUUGUUCAUCAAACCAAGGAAACUAAAACUGCACGCCAAGACUCACUCCACAGAGAAGCCAUUCAAGUGUGGUGUGUGUGGUAACGGGUUUAAGUCCUCAGGAGACCUUAAGAAACAUCUCAUGAUACACACCGGAGAACGACCCUUCACCUGUGAAAUCUGCGGAAAAAGCUUCUCCAGGAAGGGUACUUUACAGAGCCAUGAAAUAACUCAUGGAGACUAUAGGGCAUACAAGUGUGAUGUUUGUGGCAGGGGGUUUGGACAGAAAAGGGCAUUGGAGGUACAUACAAGGAUACAUACAGGGGAGAUGCCAUUCAAGUGUGACAUUUGCGGGAAAGGGUUUAGACAGUCAGAGUGUAUGAAGCGACACGUCAUGAUCCAUACUGGAGAACGGCCGUACGAUUGUGAUAUAUGUGGGAAAAGUUUUACGCAGGCGGGACACAUAAGAUCUCACCGCAGGACACAUACAGGCGAGAAACCCUACCACUGUGAACACUGUGGUAGGGCAUUCAACCAUAAAGAUGGACUGAAGCGCCAUGUCCGAAUUCACACUGGAGAGAAACCUUAUGAGUGCCAUAUUUGUGGACGAGCAUUCACUCAAACAGGGAGUCUAAACACGCACUAUAAGGUACACAAAAAACAACCUGAACCAGGCACACUGGAGAGAAACCUUACAAGUGCCAUAUUUGUGGACCAGCAUUCACUUGAACGUGGAGAUUUAACACAAUCUAUAGACACACAACAGCCCAGCUAGACCAGACUGGUUGUACUGAAAAAUGGGGUGCACAUAGACAUGUCGAAAAAGUAAAAACAAACAUUCUGUUAUAUAUGAUGCGACAGAAAAUUGUAAUGGUGUUACCUAAUGGGAAGAUGACUUGAUAAUUCUUGCUGUAUCUUGAUUUUAUAUAGUGAUAUUCUCUCUAUACAUGUCGAGGAUAAAUGGGAAAAAUAACUUCAGCAUUUGAUAUGGCAACUAUAUAUAUAUCAUAAUGGAAUUGUUUCACAUUCAAUGUUUGAUGAAAUUAUGUAAACAGUCAGUAUUAGGCAGUAGUCCUUUUUUACCUUUUUUUCCUUCUUUUUGUAUGCCAAACGAAAGACAGGACUUAUUGUGUUAUCGUGUGAGUGGGCGGGCGGGCAUGCACAUUGUCCGCUCGAUAUUUAGAGUUUUCAACAGAUUAACUUCAAACUUCAUGGGAAGAUUAAAUAUAAUGAUGAGAGCCCAAACAAGUUAUAUAUCAACCAUCAUCCGACUGGCUUCAAACUUCAUGGGAAGGUCAAUCAUUAUGAGGGCUCAGACAAAUUUGAUAAACGCCAUUAUCUGACAGUCAUUUAGGGAGUUAUGCCCCUUUAUUCAAUAGCUGAAACAAUGUCUGCUUUACACCAUGUGCAAUUUUCAACACAUUACCUUCAAACUACAAGAUUUGCCAAGGGGUUGUAUCCCACCACGGCGCCACCAAGUCCAUAACAUGGGUUACAACACAUAAAUUUAUGUGAUCAUUAGACCAAGUACACAUAUUUACAUGGAUCAAAGUUAAUCCUAUGAAGUAGUCUUGAUCUUUGGGACCUGGAAAUCAAUUGUUGUGUUAGUAAGAUUGUAUACUUACCUCCCCUUGUGUCAGGUUCAAAAGAGGGUACAAGUAAUUUAUGAUAUUUAGAUUUUUA